CAGAAUUUUGGCAGAUCGACUAGAACCUUUGUGGUUGGAAGAUUGCAAGUUGAGCUUUUAUUCACAAAUGCUGGAUUACAAUAUCACGAUGCUGGCCUUCAUUUUGCUGGCUUUGGCGCUCUGUACAAACGGACAACUUUACACGAAGUACAGCGUGAAAACCGAAAUGUCAACUUUUACAAAGACAAUACUGACGAGCACGGUUUGUGCCAGUUUAGAAGUUAAUCCCAUGCCCGUCUGUCGUAGGCGUAUGCAUGCAUGGAUCGAAGAGCCAAUAAUGCGUUGGUCGCCGGAUGGACAACAAUUCAUCCAACCAACCAACGUUUUCCAGGUGGAGCCGACUGCUGCUGCUGUUCCAUGGUUCAGGGACGCCCAAAAUUCCGGAUUUGCUGAUGAGAAUUAUUUGUACUACUGGAAUUUAGCCAACGCCGUUCAACCUUCGUUGCUGAUGCCUGUAAGCGAUUUGUAUAGGCAAAUUCCAUUUGAAUCGGUGCUGAUGGCCAACGGAGCCGAGGAAAAUUUAGCGCAAAACCGACAAAUGAAAACUACAAUUGUUUUAACUUACACAAAACCGACUACGGAGCUGGAGACAACCACUAAAACGCAAACGAUUAAAAUAUCCGGCUGCACGCCAGUUCCGUUUCCUUAUGAUGUCUGCCUCCCCUAAUUAUAAUAGAAAAUGAAAUCUGGUCCGGCUAUAAUUUCCUUUUUAUUAACUUGCUAUAACAAAUUCUAAUUGAUGUAAUAUCUCGACAAGUUAAACAAUUCAUAUUGUUGAAUUUUCAAAAUAGUGUAAAGUGCUUAACGUUCAUUUCGUUACAUAAUAUUUAAUUAGAGUUGGAUCAAAUUCUAUAAAAAUUGGAUUGGACUCUAUAUGAAUAAUUUAGAGGAAUAAUCAAACCAGAACGUUUUCUCUGUACUGAUUUGGCUAUACUGUCCUCUUGGCGUUUUUAUUAGAUCGUUCACCUCUGUAUUCCAUGUGUGUUAUCAAUUCAUUUGAUCAGUAUAUAAAAUUUAAAAGAUGUGCCACGUCGAGAUGACCCGAGCAAUGGCAGCUGCUUUUUUUAAUUUCACUGAGAACCAGUUUGGAUGUCCAAAUUGAAAAUUAGGAACAACUAUACCAGUAAAAAAAAAUUAUACAAAGCGAAUGCAUUAAAAAAAUGGUCACGUAAGUAAUAAAACCGGUCAAAAAACUCCCGAGACACAAACACAAAUUUUAUUCGACCAUCACAGUCAGAAUUGCUGUCUUCCCUGUGCUAUUGGUUAGAGCAGCACUCGUCCAACAAGUUCAUUUUUUAUUUGAUUCAGUUGAUGUUUCCUCUAUAGCCAUUGUAAAUAUUUAACAGGCGA